UUUUGACACCCAUUCCCAUUUCUUGAUUCUGCUUCUCAUCUGCUUGAGAGGGAGAAUCUCUCAUGGCUACUGAAGUAGCUGCUUUCUUGCUCAAAGAGAAGCUGCAGAAUCUCAAAGCUGACCAAACCAUAAUCCACCCUAGACUGAAGGGCAGAAUCAGCACUGCCAUCGACAAUCUGCAACAGCUCCUGAGCUUCUUAAAAGACACAGCAGAGCCAGACAACGCGGAGGACCGAGAAAGCGAGAGGACCAACCUCUUGUAUACCAUCUACAGUGCGGAGGACACCAUUGACACUUACCUCCUGAGAAGAGCCCAGCAGAGGCUCAAGCGACUGGCUUCUUUGUGGAGCCAGAAGGAAGUGAGCAAAGGGUUGAAGAAGUUCAACGUUGAGUUCAUGGACUUGCCCUUUUUCUCUUCACUCAAGAAAGAUCAGCCUCAGCCUCAACCUCAACCCCUUCAAAGCAAAGUUCCGAGAAAUGUUGGCAGUGCCACCACUCGUGAAGGAGGAAGCACCCACCGUUGGGAAAAGAUCUCUCAUCUUCUCGACAUGGAAUCAGAGGCUGUGGUUUGGAAGCAGCACAUGGAAGAGCUUGUGAAGGGCUUGAUUCCUCUGCCUCUGGAAGAACAAGAAUUCAGGGUUCUUCCUGUGGUUGGCUCGGGAGGCUCAGGCAAGACUACGAUGGUGAGAUCGCUUUAUGACAGGGUCGACAUCAAGCGGCAUUUCGAGUGCCGAGCCUGGGUCUGCGUGUCCAGGGACUUCAAGUUCAGAGAUGUGCUGGUUGACCUGAUAGAGCAGGUCUCCAUAACCCGGUUGAGCGGGAUAGACCAUAUGGGGGAUGACAUCUUGGCUGAGAUGCUUCUCAAGGCUUUGAUGGAGAAGAGGUAUUUGAUUGUGUUGGACGAUGUUUGGAAAGUUGAGGAUUGGCACCAGCUGACGAUCUCCUUACCUGAUUCGCAGAACGGAAGCAGAGUGAUUCUCACCACUCGUUCUGAUGAAGUAGCUGACUUGGCUGAUCUGUGGGGCAAUCCGUUACGGCUGCACCAGAUAUGCGAUGCGGAGAGAUGGGAAUUGUUGAAGAGGCAAGUCGGUAAACAUGAGGCGGAAUUGGGCAAAUUCGAGGACGUGAUCAUGGAAAAGUGCCAUUAUUAUUCACCUCUGGACAUAGUCUUAGCGGGUGGGAUUUUAUCAACCACAGAGUCCCGUGAAUGGCCUAGAAUAAUUGCCAAACUUCCGUCUCCCGGUGAAGGCCGGUCGACAUCGUUGGACAUCGUGUCUUUGAGCUUCCAUGAGUUGCCGCCACGGUUGAAGGUAUGCUUUUUGUAUCUCGGUCUCUUUCCGAAACCGUUAGAUGUCCCAGUUCGGAGAUUGUCGUGGUUGUGGCUUUCGGAGGGUUUCUUGAGUCCAACGCCUGCUGAGCGAAAGAUGAAGCUUGAACCUGAAGAUCUAGCCGACAUGUGCUUCGAAAUCCUAGUCCGGAGGAAGCUGAUUGACGUAACAAAAUGGAAAUUGGAUGGCACCCCAAAAACGUGUCGCAUGUCAGGCGUCAUACGUGAUUUCUUCUCUCCAAAAUCAGUCCGUUCAGGUCUUUUCUACAUUCACGAUAAUGAAACCAAACUUCCUACAAUUUGCAAGAUUCGACGGCUCGUGGAGUAUAUGGAAAGUGAGAAGGUUUUGGACGAUUCCAUCGAUGAAAAUCUACGGUCUUUUGUGUCUUUCAACAACAAACUCAGAGGCAAGGCCAACAGGGAAAUAGGCACAUUUUUCAAAUCCUUGGUCAAUAAAAAGGGGUUUUCCUUGCUAAAGGUCCUUGAUCUAGAGGGUGUCUACAAACCUUUGCUUUCUGAUAUAGUGGGGAAUUUGCUUCUUUUAAGGUUUCUGGGCUUGAGAUCAACAGUACUAGAUUCAAUCCCCUCGGCAGUCGGAAAGCUGCCGUGCCUAGAAACUCUGGAUCUGAAGCACACCAACGUGACCACCUUACCUAACUCAAUUUGGAAGGCUAAGAAACUUAGACAUCUGUACAUGAACGAGGUUCACAUCGAUGCGUUCUUCCAGAAGCUGAGUAAAGGUUCUUUAAGCAAUCUUCAGACACUGAGGGGCCUGUAUGUAGGUAACGAAAAUGUCGUGACCAACAGUUUGGAUAGACUGGUUAACAUCCGGAAAUUGGGACUGACUUGUCAUAAGAAGUCUGUGAAGGCUGUGGUAGAUUGGGUUCUGCUACUGCCUAAUCUUCACUCUCUGAAGUUGAGCUCAAUUGAUGAGUUCGGUAAGCCGUCAAAGAUUGAAUUAAUGUCCCUGGAGAAACAGACCAAGCUCUGCAACUUAUACUUGCUUGGGGCACUAGAAAAGCCAGUAAACCUGAGCAGGGUACUCCCAUUGUCCCUCAAGAAACUUACAUUAUCGAUGUUGGAACUGAAGGAAGAUCCCAUGCCAGUGCUGAGCAAGUUGCCUGAGCUAAGCAUCCUCAGACUUUUUGCUGAUUCGUAUCUAGGAAGUCGAAUGACUUGCGAUGGUGAAGGAUUUCCGAAACUUAGGGUAUUGAAGCUGUGGAUGCUCAGCCAACUGAGGAGCUGGACAGUGGAGGAGGGAACAAUGCCUAUCUUACAAGAACUAGAAAUCAGAGGGUGUGAUGCACUGAGGAAGAUUGAUGGAAUCAAGCACUUGCAAAGCUUGAAGGAACUUACUCUGACUAAUAUGCCGGAGAGUUUCACAGAAAGAAUAAAAAGAGGCAUAUGGAGGGAAAUGUACAUCAAAGUAAACGAGUGGAUGCUUUCUCGUCAUCAGGCAAAUCAGGUGCGGACUGCGGAUGAAAUUGAUGAGUACGAUAGUGAGGAUGACAGCAACAGCCAUGUUGAAGAAGAAGGAGAAGAAGAAGAAGAAGAAGAAGAAAGAUACUAUGAUGAGGAAGGAGAUGAAAGUGGCGAAAUUGAUGAAGAUGGACAAGAAGAUGGCGACGAAUCAUGUCGAUGAAAAGUGAAACAAACAAGGUUGAGUCUGUUGCUUAAAUCUGUCCUGUUAUUGUUCAGAAGCAGAUAUAUUGCUUGCAGGAACUCUGUUCAUGUAUGUCCAUGUCUUGUUCAGUUGCAGAACCAAGUGCUUGUUAACUUAAGAAAGGGCUACUUUGUAACAUUCUGUCAUUUAAGUGUUUGUGAUCG